AGGGAGAAUAAAGUCUUUCACAGGAGGAAGGGAGGGAGUUCAAUAGGAGUAACUGUAAAGAAGAUAUAAUCUGAAGGUUUUAUUUGAUUCUGUGUGAUUGAAAAAUGGAAGCAGUAAAGUCACCCCAAAAAGAAACCACACCCACACCCACACCCUCACCCUCAAAGCAGCUUCAGAUCUCCCCAAGCCCCACCACUCCCACCGUCGUGUCAGAUAUUCCGGCCCCCGUCGCCACCGCCAGUUCCAAGCCACCCGAACCAUCUUCCGCCACAAACCCCCUCAUCCACAUCCCCAGCUAUUCCAGAUGGUUUUCAUGGACCAACGUACACGAAUGUGAGGUUCGAUUCCUUCCGGAGUUCUUUGAUGGGAGAUCGGCGUCGAAGAACCCUAGGGUUUACAAGUACUACAGGAAUUCGAUAAUCAAGAGGUUUAGAGAAAACCCCACCAGGAAGAUCGCCUUCACGGAGGCUCGCAAGACUAUUAUUGGAGAUGUUGGGUCGGUUCGGAGGGUUUUCGAUUUCUUGGAGGCUUGGGGUCUCAUCAAUUACUCCGCUUCUGCCUCCAAACACCAGUUGAAGUGGGAAGACAAGGAAAGCAAGUCCAAUGCUGUGUCUUCUUCGCAGAGCAACGAACCACCCAAUAGCUCUGCCGAUUUUACUGUUCCCAAGAAGAGAUUGUGCAGCGGUUGCAAGUCUGUGUGCAGCAUUGCCUGUUUUGCUUGUGAUAAGUAUGAUUUGACUCUUUGUGCAAGAUGCUAUGUCCGCGGUAAUUAUCGUGUUGGUGUUCUUUCAUCGGAUUUCAGACGAGUAGAGAUCAGUGACGAGAUCAAGACAGAUUGGACGGAUAAAGAAACUUUGCACCUUUUAGAAGCCAUCAUGCAUUUUGGUGAUGAUUGGAAGAAGGUCGCAGAGCAUGUUGGUGGCAGAAGUGAGAAAGAAUGUGUCACUCGUUUUAUCAAGCUUCCUUUUGCCGAGCAAUUUAUAGGACCUUCAGAUUCUGGUGAGGUCAAUAACAAGUUUUGUCAAACGAAGGACCAGAGUGAUGCAGAAUUUGGAUCGCAAAGUGUUGGCUCAUCAUCCCCAACCAAAAAGAUGCGUCUUUCCCCGCUUGCUGAUGCAAGCAACCCAAUUAUGGCUCAGGCUGCUUUCCUCUCGGCUUUGGCGGGUGUAGAGGUUGCAGAAGCAGCUGCUGGAGCUGCUGUGAGAGCUCUGUAUGAGGAUGAUUAUAGAAUUACUAAAGAGAUUCUUGGAUCCCCUACCGGUGGUGCAAGACAGCAAGAAUGUGAAGUUGAUUCUGAUUUUGAUAAAACAUCAAAUACAACGGAAGGAGGUCGUGCAGAUGCACAGUCGCUGCUUGAAAAGGAAGACCAGGACUUGCAGAAAGCAGUGUCUGAAAUUACUGAAGUGCAGAUGAAGAAGUUUCAAGAUAAGGUUAUUUGUUUUGAGGAGUUUGAAUUACAGAUGGAGAGGGAGUGGCAACAACUGCAACAAAUGAAAAACAUGUUGUUUGUUGAUCAGCUGACUCUUUUUUGCCAUAAGACCUCUGUGCCAAAAACUGGAGAAAGAACAGAGGAAAUUGUAAAAUCAGAAUGAUGUCUGGUGAUUAUCAUCUUUUCCUUAAAAAACAAAAAAUCAUUAGAAGUCUAAUAUUCUGUUGUCCAUUUGAAUUUAUUUUUUAUUUUUUUAUCUUUUAUCUGUUAUUUUUAUUUUUUUGCCAGGGAUUAGUCGAACUAGUGAGAGGAUUGUGUGUAAUUAUUAGUGCAACGUCUAUCUUAUGACCAGUGUCUUUGUUAA